AUGGAGUACCUACCGGAGGUGAGCAAUGAAGAAGUCAGCAACAACAACGAAGAUAAGGACGACGCGAAUCUUAGAAACGGCAAACCGGCAACUUCCCUGACGUGGGACAGUCUUUUUUCUAUCUACUCAGCGGAAAGCGUGGCGCCGGAAGAAGUGAAGAAUGAAGCGAAGCGUGUCAAGAUGGAAACACAAGAUUCUUCUGUCCCGUUAAAGAAUGGGUUAAACAGUGAGGCAACAGUAGAGUGGAUGCCUCAUGUCAUGUUUCUACCCUCAACACGGCCGCGUUUUGUUGUCGUGACACACCGCAGCGUAUUUGAUGGAGCGAAGGGUGCGCGGCGUGAUGAGUCGGAGCUGGACGAUGUUUCCACCGCGUCAGGUGUCCUGGUGGUGAACCAAGAAAUUUGGAGUAAACGUUCUGCACCGAAGUUUGAACUGCGCGUUGCGGAGGUGACAAUACCCGACAGCGGACUGGUAAUGCGCCGUGGUGCAUCCGAGGCGAACGGAGUUUCAUGUGGUCUGAUUCAUUUUGUCAACAACGCGGUUAACAGUUGA